AUGGCCAACGCCGUUCGGCCUCUGCUGCGAAGCUCCAAUGAACGGCAAACAAGACUCAACUUUUUGCCCGUGUCGUCGCGCGAUGACGGCCCCCAACACGCCCACGCCCAGCGCACCACAAACAACAACAUCACCACUCCCGUCGCGACAAGGCGCAGCUCAAGGAGUGAUCAUGACAGUCCCUGCCAUGACUAUGGUACCAAAGAAAGACGUCCCAUGCCUGCCCGCACCCACUCGUCGCGGAAGCGUCCAGCCGCUGCCCUCGACGACGACAACGACACUGACGCGACCGGCACAAGACCACCAACUAAAAUCACCGUGACGCGGCCCCAUGGCCAACUAUUGCGCAUCACCAAUGGAGUCCAAGCCCCUCUGGACAUGCACGCCGACGACGUGCCCUCGACGUCUGCACCCUCGACGCCGCGGCCUGGCAGCAGCUCGGAGAAGCUUCAAGCGCCCUCAGCUGUUGUCCCCGCGCCCCAAUCCACAGCCUCGUCGCAGGACAAGCGCAGUCUGCGCAGCCACGACGGCGGCUCGCGAUUAAAGAGCGACCUAGCCGUCUACUUUUGCAACUACGACGACAUCAUUGCCGGAGUGCCCAAAGAGGCGGAGUUUCUCCAACCCGACACGCCCAUAUACAUUGUAGAUGAGCCGCUGAAGUCAAAGUCGCCCUUGCCUGUUACUCCAGACCCUUCGCCAAACACAGCAAGUCCGACGCGUUCACGGCAGGCGCGACACACAUCGCCUUGUUCCCCCGCGCCUGCCCCUGCCCCAGCACAAUCGUCAACCACAUUUCGCGUCUGCAACUUUUCCAAUGCCGUCCACCACCCUGUCCAUGACGAAGACCCCCUCGCCGACGCGGUGUACUUUACCCAGCACCGCCGCGCCGAGCGCAAGGAGAAGCAACUCCGCAACAUUGAGAAGGAACGCGCCAUGCACGAAAAAGUGCAACUGGAGCGUCUCCUCGACGGCCUCCAAGGCCCCGACUGGCUCAAAGUAAUGGGCAUAACGGGUGUAACCGACGGCGAGCGCAAAGACUGGGAGGCUAAACGCAGUUAUUUCGUCAAAGAAGUCGAGGCGCUCGUGGAUAAAUUCCGCGUCUGGAAGGAGGAGGAGAAGCGGCUGCGCGCUGAAAAGGAAGCUGCGCUCGCCGCGCGUGACGACGACGACGACGACGAUGACGACACGGAAGAUACGGAUAGUAUUAUUGUUCAUCCUCGUGAUUCUCAUCAUUCUCAGCAUUCACAUCAGACGCAUCCCCGCACAAACACCCACUCCAAAGACCCCCCCGAGCCUGCUAAACCCCGUCGACCACCUCGUCCCCACGGCUUUCUCCUUCCUCUACUAGCAACUGAACCUCUACCCCCAUUUCAAUCUUUCUACAGUAAACCGCAUCUUCGCGCUGCGGCACUGGGUAAACACCGUCAUGGACGGAAUGCCACGGCGUUUGGACACCCGGUGCCGGAGCUACAAGAGAGGGAGUUUGAGUUGCCCGAAGGGUUUAUUGAUCCGAGCUUUUUGAGGGAUAAUGCGAGACAGAGACGGAGGCGGAAGAGGGAGAGUGGGGUUGGUGGGGGGGGAUGA